AUGCUUAUUGCUUUUCAAUCUGGUUAACUAAGCCUCUCUCAGACCGGACACAAACCAUAGUGUGGAUGGCUAACCGAGACUCACCUGUUAAUGGAAAGUUCUCUAAGCUCCUUGUUGAAAACUGGCAACCUGGUCUUGAGGGAUGCGUAUCAACGGGUUCCAAUAUGGACCACAAGCACUAAAGAUUCAACAGAAACUGCAAUGUUGAGAUUGAAUAAUUCAGGGAACCUUUUUAUACAAACUAGAGAUGGAAAAGUUCUAUGGCAAAGCUUUGACUUCCCAACAAAUACCCUUCUUCCAAAUCAACCACUGACAAAACUUGUGUCACUUGUUUCUUCAAGAAGUUCAACCAAUCAUUCUUCUGGUUUCUACAAGCUCUUUUUCGACAACGACAAUGUUGUUAGACUUGUAUACAGCGACUCUAGAUUAACAGGCAUCUAUUGGCCUAACCCGGAGUUUCGAGCAUGGGAAUCUGGUAGGAAUAUAUACGGAAGCCAACGGAUUGCAACCAUGGAUUCUUCCGGUCAUUUCAUCUCAACUGAUGAUCUAGUCUUCAACACAUCAGAUGCUGGAGAUCAGCCAUCAAGAAGGCUGACUAUAGACUUUGAUGGCAACUUUCGAGCUUAUAGUCUAGAUGAAUCUAGAGGAAUUUGGCAAGUUACAUGGCAAGCUAUGUCUGAAGGAUGUAAAAUCCAUGGAAGUUGCGGAGAAAAUAGUACUUGUUCUAAUGAUCCUGUUCAUGGAAGAAAAUGCUCUUGCAUACCAAAUCACAGGAUGAUCAAUCUAACGGAUUGGUCGUAUGGUUGUGAACCGGAGUUCAAACCGACUUCAUGUGGCAAUAGCGAGUACAACUUCUUGCUCCUUCCUCAUUCUGAUUUUUGGGGUUAUGAUUCUAGAUACAUGCCAAAUACCACUCUAAGUGAAUGUAAGCAAGAGUGCAUAAAGAGAUGCAGUUGCAAAGGGUUCCAGUUCAAGUAUGAUUGGAACAAAGGUUUUUCUAUUUGUUACCCAAAGUUUCUGUUGGUUAACGGAUUACGGUCUGCAAAUUUUAAUGGUUCCAUGUAUCUAAAGGUGCCCAAAAGUGUCCCUUUAUCUUUGAAUAACAGUAGGGAUGUUCAGGGAUUCAAGUUAAACUGUUCUGUGAAAACCACUAUCCAACUUGACAGAAGUUAUGAUAGAAACCACCAAAAAGAAUCCAUCAAGUUUCUGAUGCUGACUGCAUAUGUAGUUGGUGCACUGGAGAUCAUUUGCAUAAGUUACUUCUUUUAUGGAACGCGUUCACGUUUGAGUACACAAGGACAAGGUUACCUCCAAGCUGCCACAGGAUUUAGGAGAUUCAGCUAUGCAGAGUUAAAAAAAGCGUCAAAAAAUUUUAGCGAAGAGAUAGGAAGAGGUGGAGGUGGCAUUGUGUAUAAAGGAGUGUUAUCAGACAACCGCGUUGUAGCGAUCAAGCAUCUUAAUGAAUUCAGUAACAGGCAAGAUGAAGCUGAACUUCUAGCAGAGAUAAGUACCCUUGGGAGUCUCAACCACAUGAAUUUGAUAGAGAUUUGGGGGUAUUGUGCUGAGGGUAAGCAUAGGCUUUUGGUGUAUGAGUAUAUGGAGAAUGGAUCAUUGUCUCAGAAUUUACAGUCCAAUAAGCUGGACUGGGAUAAGAGGCUUGAUAUUGCAUUGGGCACUGCAAAAGGGCUUGCUUAUCUACAUGAAGAAUGCUUGGAAUGGAUUUUGCAUUGCGACGUCAAGCCUCAUAAUAUAUUGCUAGAUCGCGAUUACAAGCCAAAGGUGGCAGAUUUUGGGCUGUCUAAAUUAUUGGACAGAAAUGGGACUCGCGAUUUGGAGUUUACAAGAGCGCGAGGAACAAGAGGUUACAUGGCACCGGAAUGGUUGUUUGUUAAUCUUCCUAUAACCUCAAAGGUUGAUGUGUAUAGCUAUGGGGUGGUUAUGUUAGAGAUGAUAACAGGUACCAGUCAAUGUGGGGGGUCAGAGGGAAGGCUGGAUAGCUGGGUGAGAGAAAAGAUUAUAGCCGCGGGUGGAAAGAAUGAUUGGAUUCGAGAAGUUGUCGACUCCACAGUCGAUGGAAAUUACAACAUGAGUACAAUGGGAGCUCUAAUUAAGGUGGCUUUAAGGUGUUGUGAGGAAGAUAAGGAUGCAAGACCAACCAUGAGCCAAGUGGUGGACAUGUUGUUGCAUGUAGAAGAAGAUGAUUAAUAAGGUAAUGGUUUUAAUUAUGAUGUUAUUAGCUAGAAUAUGUCACUAAUAAAUUAUGCACUAAUAUUAACAACUUCAUCACUGUUCAGUUUUAUAUAGUUGAAUGAUUACAAUCCUGCUUUAUUUUAGUUA